AUAAUCCAUAUAGCACUGCGGCUGGGUGGUGGAAGAACAGGCUCCUAAUCUUUUGGUUUCUGCUUCAAAGCAUAAUCAAGUUUCUUGUACUUGAUUCCAAUUUUUUCAAAGUUCGGAUGAAUUAACCAUAUUUUGUUGAGGAGUGCAGUUUUUGGAUGCUAUUGGUGCCUCAGGAGAAUACGAGUAGAGCGCGCAGCUUAAAGGAUUGAGUUCUACAGUGAUCAGCUUUGUGGAGUUAUUGUUCAUGGAACUAGGGUAUCUGAAAUUGCAUUCUUCUUUCUUUGAGUCUCCUCUACAGUAACUCUGAUUUCUUCACUGUAACUAUAGGAGUUAGGCGUUCAUCACAACCCUUACGUGGAAACUUCACGAGUGGAAUGGGACGAUUUUCUAAUUUCGCCAUAUAUUUUUUGAUAUGCUCUGUUUGAGUAGUAGCCUGGUAAUCGCGAAACGGAAAAUGCUUGAUUUUCUUUCAUAUGCUGUUCUGCUCCUAUCUCCAUAUCUGCUGUGGGACCUGUUCGUAUUCUGAUCAUGACCCGACCUGUUCGUGGUAGAUAUUUCAAAGAUGAGAAUGGUGCUAUAAGUGAUCAUCUCCGCAAUCAUGUCCAUUUGACAAAUUGCAUUCAUCUGAGGAACCAUAUGCACAAGCAGAGCCCCAUAUUGACUGAAAGGUCUCUUAUCAGGGACCUGAUUGUCCUUCAGAGGUCAAGGUCUCUCAGAGAUCCUUCAACCAGUACUCCCUCAUGGCAGUCUCCUUCUAUUGCUGAUUCAUUGUCUAAGAGACUUGAAAAGGAUGGUGCAAUACAUGAGGGAAGAAGGUCUGUAAGGAUUGAAAAGCGUAGAAGGGAAGGAAGAAGGUUAUCAGGAAGCUCCCCACCUUUUGCAAGUGAAGUGGUACCAAAGGCUGCUGCUGCUGAAGUGAGAAGGGGCAACACAGGAGGGACAGUUAGUAGUGAUCGGAGGAGCAUAGGUAGAGUUAGAGAUUCCAGAAGAAUUAAAGAUGAGAAAUCAAGUCAGAAAAAUAGGAGUGAUCAUGUGGGUGGCACUGAGGAUACUUUACAAGAUGCUCACAACUCAGUCAAUGACUUAGUUUCAGGGAAGGCAGAACCAAAUGCUAAAAAGAAUUUGCAGAAGGGGAAGGCUCGUCAAGAUGUGCAGCUUAAGACCCUUUCAGAACAGCUGAACGAGCUUCCAAUAGACAGUGAUGGUGUGGAUUCUUCUCUCCUUCAUCAACAUGGAAGACAUAGACAACAGGAGAGAACCAGUGAGGAUCUAGAAGCAAGCAAUCAUGGCUACUGCAGUGGAUUGCACCAGGUAAGAAGGCGUCGGUCUCGAGGUGCGAGGAAAGCUUGGCCUGCUACUGACCCAAGAGAUAUUGGAGCUCAUAAUGAAUUGUCUGUGGCUUCAAAUUCAUUAGCCCAGGGUUCACAACCUAAGUACUACAUGGAGGAAGAAGAGGAUGAAGUUUCAAACCUGGAUGGCACACGGGUUCCUGGACAUGGGUGUGGCAUUCCUUGGAAUUGGUCUAGAAUUCACCACAGGGGUAAAACAUUUCUGGACAUUGCUGGAAGGAGUUUAUCUUGUGGGUUGUCUGACUCAAGGUUAAAGAAAGGGGGCUCCAUUCCCCAAAGAAGAGAUAUUUCAGAUAUGCCUGCAGCAUCUGAUCACUCAAGUUCAUCUACCAAAUCUGAUGCAGAGGCAGUACCUUUACUAGUUGAGCCAUCAGGAUCUCAGGACAGCACUGACAAUUCCGUUUGGCUGCGGGAGUAUUCAGGGGAGUUAGGAAUUUUUGGGGAUCAUGGUUUGAAGCAUGAAGUAGAGUCUGACCUUGCUUCUCAAGCAAGAUCUGGUGGUCGUCCUGACUUUAGAGGGCACCGCCAUGUUAGACACCAAAGUUUGACGCAGAAAUACAUGCCAAGAACCUUUAAGGAUCUUGUGGGACAGAACUUGGUAGCACAAGCUCUUUCAAAUGCUGUUGUAAAAAGGAAAGUUGGCUUGGUAUAUGUGUUUUAUGGUCCUCAUGGCACUGGGAAAACUUCAUGUGCUCGUGUAUUUGCUAGAGCUUUAAAUUGCCAAUCUUCAGAACAUCCCAAACCUUGUGGUUUCUGCAAUUCAUGUAUUGCACAUGAUUUGGGUAAGAGCCGAAAUGUGAAGGAACUUGGUCCAGUUGGUAAUUUUGAUUUUGAGAGCAUCAUGGAUCUAAUUGAUAACAUGAUUAUGUCCCAGCUGCAGUCUCAGUAUAGAGUUUUCAUUUUUGACGAUUGCGAUAAUUUGCCCCCUGAUUCCUGGAAUGCUAUCUCGAAGGUCAUUGAUCGAGCACCCAGACGUGUGGUUUUUAUCCUUGUUAGUACAUGUCUCGACCAUUUACCUCAUAUAAUUAUAUCCAGGUGUCAGAAGUUCUUUUUCCCAAAGCUGAAGGAUGCAGAUAUCAUAUAUACUUUGCAGUGGAUCGCAACCCAAGAAGAUUUAGAAAUUGAUAAGGAUGCACUAAAACUUAUUGCAUCACGGUCAGAUGGAUCUUUGAGGGAUGCUGAGAUGACUCUAGAGCAACUGAGUUUGCUUGGGCAGAGGAUCACUGUCCCCUUAGUUCAGGAGCUUGUUGGAUUGGUCUCUGAUGAGAAAUUGGUAGAUCUACUUGAUUUAGCAUUAUCAGCAGACACAGUGAACACUGUAAAAAACUUGAGAGAGAUUAUGGAAGCUGGUGUGGAGCCGUUAGCAUUGAUGUCACAGCUUGCUACAAUAAUAACUGACAUUCUUGCUGGAAGUUAUUUGUUCACCAAGGAAAGGCUAAGGAGAAAGUUCUUCCGCCGAUCAACAUUAUCCAAAGAAGACAUGGAGAAACUGCGUCAAGCUCUGAAAACUCUAUCUGAAGCUGAGAAACAACUGAGAAUGUCUAAUGACAAACUAACAUGGCUAACAGCUGCAUUGCUUCAACUUGCUCCUGAUCAGCAGUAUGUCUUGCCUAGUUCUUCUGGAGACACUAGUUUUAAUCAUAGUCCUUCAGUCCUAAAUAACAACAGUCGGGGAGAUAUAGCCAGGAAAAGUAACAUUCAUCAUGCUAAUACGUCUAACAAUGAGACGGGCUUGUUGACAAAUAUUAGGAUGCAACUCCAAAAUGGAAGUGCUGAUGAUGUUGUUUGUGAUGAGAACAAGAUCAACAGUAACAGUGUAGGAGGGAAAAAACAGGCUGAGAGGCCUCCUCAGCGAACAUUCUCAUUGUCUACUGAUAUAACUAGAGGAAGUGGUGAGCAAACUUCGGGGAAAGGUCAUAAAGAAGAAAUAUGGUUGGCAGUUCUUGAGAAGAUUGAACCAUACGCCCUAUGCCAGUUUAUGCAACAAGAAGGGAAACUGAUUUCAGUCAGUUUUGGUGCAGCUCCAACCAUACAGUUGAUGUUCAGCUCAAAGCUGACCAAAUCUAAAAAAGAAAGACUUAGGGGAAAGAUUUUACAAGCUUUUGAAUCUGUUCUAGGAUCCCCUGUGACAAUUGAAAUCAGAUGUGAAGCUAGUACAGGUUUGAGAGCAGGGGCUCAAGUUCCUCUUCUAUUGCCAGCUGCCGGGGAAGGUUCAUCUCAAAUGGCAACAGACAUCAUGGAGAUGCCAAAAGCAGGAAAUGAUAGUAGUGUUAAAAUGGUUUUGAAGGAUAGAGCUGUCAAAGCAGUUGGUCCUAGUCAAGCCAAACCAUUGCAAUCUGACUUAUGUGAAAUGGCAAAAAGCGAAAUUGUUGAAAUAGCUGCUUCUCCUAGAGAGAAUGAAUGUAUUGAGCAUAUGAACAACAAUGCACAAUUGGAUGAAGUAGGUUUGGAAAGUUUUUGGAUGGGAGAAGAAGCAUUUUCUCGUCAGCAAUCCUUGGGUUCCUUACAGGAAAGAAGAAACAGAAAAAUUGGUGCACAAGCUCAGAGUCAGAGCUUAGUGAAAAGAAAAGUGUCCCUUGCACAUGUAAUUCAGCAGGCAGAAGGAUGUACACAACAAAGUGAAUGGUCAAGACGCAAGGCAAUUUCUAUUGCUGAAAAGCUUGAGCAAGAGAAUCUGAGAAUGGAACCUAAAUCGAGAACCUUGCUUUGCUGGAAAGCAUCUAGUGUAACUAGGGGGAAGCUUUCACGUUUGAAACUGAAGACAAGGAAAUCACGUUCUCUGUUGAAGCUUGUUUCUUGUGGAAGAUGUCUCUCUAGUAGAUCUCCAAGGGUUGUUUUUUAUGGGCAGCAGAGGCCCCUGGAGGUUCUCAUUUAAUUAGGGAAGGCUGAUCUAUUAUCAUCUUCAAUGAACAACUCAUCAAAAUGGUUUCCAAGAUCAGCCAAUCACUGCUGAUGAGUUGGCCAAGGCAGGAUUCUUUAAGCCAGAGUUUUAUGUUGGGCUGUUUCCAUUGUUACCACAUCAUUGAUUAUGUAACUCUAUUACAAAGAUGAUUGUACUAUAGGCUUUGCUAUGCACCUAUGCCUGCAUCGGCAGUAGUGAUUUUAUUUGUAUUCCUUCUUAAUAAAAUUGUUACAUCAUCUUACCA